UUGCCAUUUUGCCCCAGGCAAGGCGGGUAGCUUCAGUUCCACGGGUCCCGACCUUCCCAUCCGCCUGCGCGCGACUCUCUACGCACGGCGCCUGAGCCAUGUCGUAUGCAGGCGCUCUCGUCCAGCUCGCGCACAGGUUCGUGACGGUGCCUCAGGCGUCGCCCCAGGGCUUCUGCAACGUCAUCAAGCUGGGAACGUUCUGCCGCACAGUCGUCUGGCCGUGUCUCCCACCCCUGCUGAUGUACCAGUACAUCCGAGGCACGGACGAGGACUGCUACGCGACAGAGGUGCUCUACUUCAAGUCCGGCUCCAAGGAAUGCAAGGCCUUCUACGACUCAAGCCGGCCUGGCGGCUCUGGGCAUUGGAGGCUGCAGGCGGACAUGGAGGCGAUCCGCGCGGCCGCGAACCCAGAGUGAGCGUCACGCCCAGCGGAACUGGCCCGCUCCGGUCAGGCGGGCUGGGCUUGCAGCUUUUGUUAGUGCGCGCGAGGUUCCCAGAGCACGAGGUUCCGAGCCUCCAGCCUGAUAGGCUGAGCUUCCCGUCUGGAGGGGUGGCUUGGGGGGCAGGUGCGCGCGCGGCUAUGCAUCAUAUGAAGAUAUAUAU